CAGGCCUAAUUACUUACAUUGCCUAGGCACCUUCUAUCCAUUAAACCUUUUCAUUCGAGUAUGCUAUAUUUGAAAAUAUAAUCUGCUUAUUGAAGAUGAAUAGGACUCCAGAGAUCAAUAUGAGCAAGAAAAUGACUGAACACACAAACAUUUUUGACAGGCAUCACCAAACAUCUCCAGCUGGGGAAACUACAUCAGAGACUAAUGUCAUUCUUGUCCCACAGCUGGAAACAGUUUUCAGCCGAGCAGCCAGGAUCAUCCAGCGAGCAUGGAGGACACAUGUUGAUACUGCUGUUUUCAAGCACCUCAAGAAACUAGUGAGCUUCCAUAAUCAAGGGGAUCCACGUCUCCUCCUUAGAUUUAUUAACCCUGCAGAGGCUAAUAUUCUGGAUGCUGCUUCAGGGGCCCUUAUUCGAUUUAGACUGGGUGGGCCAACCUAUCCUCCAAACAUCUACUUUAAAGUAUACACUCGUGCACCCAUAGUGGACAUGUGUGCCUGCAGUCCUAAAGAUUACACGCAGCAAAAGAAACCAGCUCCAAGCCAGAUCCAUAAUGGCCGACGGACGAUCUGUGAUGAGGAUGAUCACUCUGGGUGGUACCAGCGGGUGGAGAACAAUGGCUGGAGGAUCUUGUCUGGCAAGAUAUCCAUGUUUGAAGACCCAAUAACUCAAGAUACCAAUGACAAGAAGAUUGAAUUCCAACACAGUAAAAUCCGUCGGCGACAAGAUGUUGCGAGAAAAAAAAAGAUUCGAAAAAUUGAAUGGAUGAGGAAAAUGUAUGCUGAGGGUCUUCUGCAUGCUCGUACAGAACACAGCGAAACAGCUCUGCUGGUGCACAAAUCCACACAAAGAAUGAUGGAUAUACUCCAACAAAAUGGACCAGAUUCAGUUUUAGAGCAGGAAGUGGAUGAACUGCUCGCAUGGACCGAUGCUCUUGAUUUUGAUGAGUAUAUCAAUGAAUGGAUGAAUUUGGGUACCAGCAAAUGCUGCAUAGUUAAAGGUAAGACUCGUAGGUUUGCCCUCAUUCUGCUCUUUGUUGCAUUGCAGCUCCCUCUGCUGGUCAAAGUGAGUAUCCACGCUUCUCCUUUUCUCCCUGUAGACGAGCUGUCAGAGAGUGACCAGAGGGACUUUGCUCGUGUCUGUGCAUGA